CCUCCAGAGCGUCGAGUCCGCUCACGGCGCAGCACAGAAUCAGCAGCGACACUCUGCGCCACAUUUCUCCAGAAGUGUGCGUUGAAAACCGCUCUCAGUGUACCAGCAGAUGGCCCUACAUGAUGCUGGUCUGACACACUUCAGUCAUCCUUUAACGUCCCGCCCAGCUCACCACACACUGACUCAGAGAACAGAGGAAAUGAUCUGAGCAAAACCCCUCUUUGACACAUCAGAGCUGCUCCUGCUGCGAAUGGGCUUCCUGUUUGCUCUCUGUAUACAUAUUCAAGUCAUCUAAUUCAGCUUCUGCAGAGUAACUUGAGAGAAAGAGAAGCGUUACAACAUGGGAGCAUCUUCCUCUGGCCUGUUGGAUCAGGCUAGAAUCAGCCACGUCAAAGGACUUGUCGACAGCAAGUUCCAGACCUUCAGUGAGUUUUACCGUCAGCAGUACUCUGUCGCCUACUUUGAACAUUUACACCAGGAGGUGGAGCCUAAGAAAGAGAGGCGGGGCCUAUUGCUCACACACAGGCCUCAGUAUCCUCCAGAAGAAGUGCUGUAUCAAGGAAACGUAAAGUUGUCCUGCUGGGACGAGCAGGGAAAGAAAUGCAGAGAGAGAUACGUCGUCCUGAGGAGAGGCUACAAAGUGGAGAUACAUGACAACUUGGAGACGUUCAGUCGUGGAGGGGCAGCUAAGUUGGUCCUACAGCCAGCAGGGGGCAAAGUGUUCACCUCAGAGGAGGAGUCCAGAGCUCACCUGGAGAAAACCUGCGCUGCAAUACUCAAUGGAGUCAAAGAGGAUUCUUCUUCAGUGGUGUCAUCUCCAGAUGUGUUUGCUGUCUAUCUACACCUGCCCUACAUGGGUCACACCUGCUUCCUGUUUCAACAAGCGGAGGAACGAUAUCACUUCCUGUCUGGCCUCAAGACGUGCAUCAGACACUGUGGUCUCGACCCCUGGAGCGAUUCCUCCCAUGAAAAGCAGGCGUUCAGCCGAGCACUCCGACUCUUCCGGCAGGACAAAGGCCGCUAUGAAUCCUGGGAAAUGCUGCUGGGCACCGAGGAACAAGUGUUGGCCUCCCAGGUGAUGGAGGAGCUGUUGCCAUGGCUACAGAGCCAGCUUCAGUCCAAGGUGAAGGGCAAGAAGACCGAACGGAUACGACUGUGGCUGGCGACGGUGCAGGCGACCUACUCUCUGGUUCUGGAGCAGCUGACUGCAGCUCUGGAGGUUCUGAGGGAAGAAUGCCGUCAAACAGCAUCGGCCAAUCAGGCGCUGAUCAGAGCCAACCUGGAUGAGAUCAUGUCCUCCCACUGCUUCCUGGAGCAGAAGAUCACAGCCUGUGUCAGUGAAGAAGUGGUAAAGGUUUGCAGCGACUCUGUAGCUCCGUACAUGCCGUCCAUCCUGGAAGCGUUGACAGAAAACAUCAGCUCAGGGAUCGUCGGGAUGCAGCAGAUUCUGCACACAGAGAUGGAUUCAGCAUUUUCAGGCUCAAAGGGAGGAACGGAGGACACGAAGAAGGCCUUGUCCAGUCUGAGCUCCAUCAGUCUGGAUCAGAGCUUCAGGCAGGUGGAGAACCUGGCAGAGAAGUUUGAAGAGUUGAAGCAGCGGUUUGAGCUCAGCAGCGCUCAGAGACUGAUUCACUCUGCACAUCUGGAGAUGGAGCAGCUGCUGGACAGUGCCGUCUACACCUUAGAGCAGUUCCUUCAGUCGUCCUCCAGACUGCAGCCGUCACAGGUUCCUGUCAGGUUGGAGAGAGCUAAAGAAAGAGUCCUGAAGCAGCUGGACUACGACAGCAGAGUUGUCCAGAGGAGACUCUAUGAAGAAACUCUGCUGGAGAUCACGCUGCCUUCUCUCACCAGGAGGAUGGACGACAAGUGGAAAUCUGAGCUGCAGCAGUUCGAGAAGCACAUCUUCUCCGACUACACCAGCUUCAUCCUGAUUCGUAACGUCUACGAUGGCGUCCUGAGAAACAUGCUGAGUAAAGAGAUAGAGAUGGUGGUCCAGGACGCCGCCAGUAAGAAGACCAACAACCUCCUCCUGGACACUUCAGACCUGGCCAUCAGUCAGUACAGUCUGCUGGGACAGACGCCUCCUCGCUCUGCACCGGGGAGUCCAGCCAAUCAGGCUCGACGGUCCUCAGUAGCGCCCAGAGACGACCAAGAAACCGCUGCUGUGGUGGAAGACAAAAGUCAAACCGAACCUGAUGCUGAAACCAAAUCUGAGCCCAGAACCGGUCAAAGCUCUGAGCAGAUUGUGUCUCCUGUGAUUGUCGUGACACAACAGUUUGAUGAAGAAGCUCCACAGAUCAAGGAAGAAGUCCAGAUUGGAGCUGAUGCAACACAAACAGCAGCUGAAUCUUCUAACUCAGAUGAAGCUCCUGAUCCAACAAGUAAACCUGAAUCCACCAUCCCAGACGCUCCUAAUCAAUCUGCUGAUCCUGAAUCCACCAUCCCUGACUCUCCAAAUCCACCUGCUGAUCCUGAAUCCACCAUCCCAGACUCUCCAAAUCCACCUGCUGAUCCUGAAUCCACCAUCCCAGACUCUCCAAAUCCACCUGCUGAUCCUGAAUCCACCAUCCCUGACUCUCCAAAUCCACCUGCUGAUCCUGAAUCCACCAUCCCUGACUCUACCAAUCCAUCUGCUGAUCCUGAAUCCACCAUCCCUGACUCUCCAAAUUCACCUGCUGAUCCUGAAUCCACCAUCCCUGACUCUACCAAUCCAUCUGCUGAUCCUGAAUCCACCAUCCCUGACUCUACCAAUCCAUCUGCUGAUCCUGAAUCCACCAUCCCUGACUCUACCAAUCCAUCUGCUGAUCCUGAAUCCACCAUCCCUGACUCUACCAAUCCAUCUGCUGAUCCUGAAUCCACCAUCCCUGACUCUACCAAUCCAUCUGCUGAUCCUGAAUCCACCAUCCCUGACUCUCCUGAUCCACCUCCUCAGAUCUCGUCCACAGAUGAACCUGAACCUGCAAAGCCUGAAAAUCCUCCUCCGUCUGAUCUUCCAACCUCAGACCAAACAUCAGAGGAGCCUCCGUCCAUUCAGGUUCCUUCACCGUCACCUCCGCCUGCUACAGAAAGCGAACUAAAAAUCAGCCUCGGGUCUCUAAGCGAGGCGAUUGGCUGCAGCUCUACAGAGGCGUCGGUUAGUCAGACGAUGCCGCGGCAGACGACCGAUAGAGCCGUUUACCUGAGGGGACAAAUUAAAGACAACUGGGAGAUGGAGAGGCUGAAGGAGGCAGCAGAGAAAGGGGGAAAUGAGAUAACCAAAGAGGAGAAAGAGGUGAUGGAGGACGAAGGAGGUGCGCAAGUCAAUGAAGGCUGCAGUUCCUCUGGACCGCCAGCAGAGAACGCCACCACCUCAACCACAACGUGUAAAGAGAAGCUAAAUGAGGAGGAGACCAGCAGUGAGGUCAAGUUAGAGACAAAAGAUGAGAAAAAAGGAGAUCAAGAAGAAGAAGAGAAGGAGAAAGUCCUACAGCCAAUAGAAUCACAGCCAGAGAAAGCUGCUGAGCUGCCAUUGGGCAGUGUGGCUGCCAUCAGAGAACUUGUCAUUGAGGUCACAGAGGUGGAGACGAUAGUUAUGCCCUGUCCAACAGCAGCAGAGCAAGACAUGGGUGUUACCAUGACAACUACAGACCAUGACUGAUGGAUCUUUAGAAAUAACGUUAAAAGUUCUUAAUAAAUGGUCGGAGAAUAGAGGUGAAUCCAGACCGAGAGUUGUACUUAAUGUCUUUUUUAAUGAGGAAAAAUUUUAGGUUUUUUUUUUUUUUUUUAAUUCUGCGAUAUUUUUUUCUACAAAAAGUCUCAUUUUACAUGAGCUGUUUUCAUACACUGGAUAUGUCGACACUGAAAUGGAAUACAUGAUCCAAUAAAGAUAUUAAACUGUUUAACUGAUUUUUUUGUGCUCUAACACCCUACAAAGUAAGCAAACACAUAAACUAGAGAUGGAACAAUACAUGUAUUCAUCCCACACUGUGCAGUAUGUAAAAUUCAAGUUUAGAUGACACAUUUCUGGUUCAGUCUGCCUAAUAAUCCAAACAAAUACCACAAAAGGUUUAUUUAUGUCUAGACCAAGUUCCACCCAGAACGUCUUAGC